AUGCGUGGAAGUGUUAUGAAAUGCGUUGAAGGAUUUGAUGUAGAUUUCUCGAUUGAGAAAGAUUCCCUAUCGGGACAUAUUUCUCCAUCAGGAAAGUGGAAACGGACUGUCGGGGUGUCACUAGUUUUGCGAAGUACUUAUAUUCGCUUAGCUUUUAAUACUCCAGCGGAAUCCAUAGUAGCACUUUUAAUACAGGCAUACAGGUUGCCUGUUCCCGAUUUAAUUAUUUCAAUUAACACUGGUGGUAUGGACGCUGAAACAUAUUCACAUGCUGGUUCAAGUAUUCCAUUAGAAACACAAAGAAGCUUCCAAAGAGGCUUAGCUGC